AUGAAGGCACUCAGGGUUGUCCUUCUGGUCUUGCUGCUAAGUGGACAGUCAGGGAGCAGGCAGGCACAAGAAGAAGAUGGCGAUGUGGACUUGGGGCCAGAGAGCUAUGGCUACGAAGAUGACUAUGAAGAGGAGGAAGAAGAGGAGACCAACAUGGUCCCUGGCAGCAGGGACAGAGAAUCUUUACAGUGCUACAUCUGCCAGUCGCUACACAGUGGGGAGAGCUGCAACCAGACACAGAGCUGCUACCACAGUAAGACCUUCUGCACCACAUUCAUCUCCCAUGGCAACACUGACAAAGGUCUGUUGACCACCUACUCCAUGUGGUGUACCGAUACCUGCCAACCCUUCACCAAGACGGUAUUAGGCACCCAGGUGACCAAGAGCUGUUGCCAGUCCACACUGUGCAAUAUUCCACCCUGGCAAAGCCCCCAAGUCCAGGACUCUUUGGGUGGCAUUGCAGGUAGCCCCCUGGAUGGUGGAGUCAGACAUCCUCAAGAUGGCAGGAUUGACCACCCCCAGGUUGUCAAGAUUACCCGUCCUCAGAGUGAUGGGGCUAGCUUGCCCAAGGGUGGAAGAGCUAACAAGCCCCAGGGCAGUGGGGCAGGAUGCCCUCCAGGCUGGCACAAAUUUGGUAACACAGCCCUCCUGCUCAGCCUCCUCACUAGUCUAUGGACAUUAGGGGUCUGAAGACCUACCCUCCUCCUAACAGGAUACCCUGGCCUCCCCUUCCCCACAGCCAGCUUCAGAGAAUAAACUUGAAUUCCUUUUGCAAUCCAGCUAGCUGUAGCUCCUCUGACCAUUCUCUGUCCUCAGUUUCACCCUCAGGCCUCCUCACCUUCUUCUCCUCAGCCAUGGGCAGCUCCCUGGGUACCAUGUCAGCCUCGGGUCCAGGCAUCUCCUGCCAGUGCUCUAGGGAUGGUCAGCUUACAGGGGUCCCACCUGCCCAGCUGCACAGAGAUAAUAG